AUGGGAAAAUCUUUUGCUGAGUGGUUGACAUCACUCAAAAAGUAUAAAUUCUUUGUAAUUGUUGCUCACGAUUAUCUGAUGGAUAAUUUCAACUACUUUGGACUCAAAAAAUAUUUCGAUAGAUUUCCAGAAGCACAGGUAGUCAUCCGUGGAAGUUACAAGCCUAGAAUUGAAGAAGAUCCAGAUCUCCUCAAGCAAGCAAUCCAUCUUUAUGGCUUGAUUCAUGCAAGAUAUCUUGUAACUUUAGAUGGAAUAGGCGAUAUGAAAGAAAAGUUUAGCGAUGGUGAAUUUCCAAAAUGUCCAAGAUACCUAUGUAAUGGCCAUUCAUGUCUUCCUUAUGGAACAUCAGAAAUUUAUGGCGAAAAUACACUCAAACUCUUUUGUCCAAGCUGCUGCGAUGUCUAUGAUAUGUAUAUUCCACUGUACCAAAAUAUAGAUGGCGCAUUUUUCGGGCCAAAUUAUGUUCAUAUUCUUAAGCAAAGAUAUAGAACAGUAACUCCAAGCAAACCAUUAAAAGAACUUGUACCAAGAGUUUUUGGCUUCAAGAUGUCUAGACAAAAACCUAAAAAAAUCAAAUCCAAGCAAAAUAAACCAAAACCGAUCGAAGUCAAGAAUUAA